AUGGAAAACCGCUGCAGCAACCCUUGUUACAUACAGUCGGAUCCAUCUGACUUACUUUCCUUGCGUCUCCCUGCGCGAUUUUGUUGGCCAUUUUCCAGAUCCUCUAGAAUUUUUCAAGGGUCGAGCCGUAGGAGGAUUCUCUCAGAAGGCAAAAACGCAUCGAAAGCGUGCUUUGUAAGAAUAUUUGGUAUGGCUAAAGUAAGCAAAGCCAUAUCCCGAUCCCGAUCCCGACUCUUAUUCCGAUCCCUUCCGCCACAUCCUGCAUGUUUAUUCGAAUACCAAAUUAGCUCAUCUUCGUUAUUUCAUCAUCCCUUUCUGCUAUGGCAAGGACAAGUUUUUUUCUAG